GCAGAGGCGGAACGGGUACGGCGCGCGGGAUUCGAGCUGGCUCGGCGAAUCAGUCGCACGCCAGUAGCGCUAGUAUUCCGUAAGCUUCCGUCCGGUGCGGCUCGAUACACACCCGCUUCCCGAGAGUGGUGUGUGCGUUUGUGCGUGCGUGCGUGCGUGCGAGUGUGUGAAGGUUCGUUUUUCCGGUCGAACGUGUCGAAACGUGGCACGCGAAACGCGUCGUAGUGCCGUAGUGCCUACUCUCGUCGUAGCGCAAAAAAAAAACAAAAAAAAAAAACAAAAACGGAAGCUGCUGAGUGUCCCCGCCGGAAAGGUGCCGAGUGUGUGAUUGGGCCAGCCCUAUCAAUCAACACUUCUAUCAACCCUCCCCGGGAUCGUCCCCUGCUUGCCGAAUGGCUGGCUGGGUGUCUUUAGCGUUCUCUUUCGAUGUUUCCUGCAGCACGGCGAGAGCGGCCGGUACGUGCCGAAGGAUUGUUUGGCCGCCGCACCGACUGAACUGACCGCAGUGCGUGCCGAGACAGGCAGCGUGCUACCAGGCAUUAGUGGCUCUCCACUCCACUGGUGCGCGAGUGUGUAUGUGUGUGUUUGUGCGCGCGAAUGCAUGCAAAGUGUAAAAUAGUGCAAACCGAAAGCUCAAAAGCCCGCGCCAAAAAUAGUGCCUCGACAGCCUGCAGAAAUAGUGCGCGUCCUCGCGCCAAGAGCGGAUCGCUCGAUCUACCUGCUCAAUAACGAAAACGAUACCAUUGCCCCCGCCCGAGCAGCGGACUCGGACAAUCGUGCUUUUGUUUGCCUGCUGUUGUUCUGCUGCCGUACGGGGCCGUUCGCCUUCAGCCAGCAAACAGUGCAAAAGGAACACUACUCGACACCGUACGCGAGCAACAAUCAAACCAAGUACGUACCAACAAGGCACCGAGCAGCGAUCAAAUUUCGUACUCCGGCUGGCUUCGCAUCGGCCGAUUAACGGAGCGGGGCGAAAAGGGCUGCUUAUCGGUGCGGGAUCGUAGAAAUCGUGUGAAGCCUGCAAAAGAAAAAUGUGUUUAGAUUUAAUGCCGUCACGAGCUUUCAACCGUUGCCCGUUGCAGUAGUGUCCAGUGUCGUACUUUGUGUGUGUGUGUGCGUGAGUUUGUGUGCUGUGUCUCAGUGGUGCGUUCCCUUUCCUCACACAAUUCCCUCUCGCGCGCCCUCGCCCCCCCCACCAAGCAAGCAGUUGGCCCGGAAUGCCCGGCAAUCGUAGUUCCGCCACCCGCCUGCCUAUCCACCCGGUUCAUUUGUGCACGGUUAGCGGUGAGGAACGGGCCGACCUACUGCCGUCAGCCAACGCGUGAGUGUGUGUGUGUGUGUGUACACUGUUUACAAAGCGAUGCGUGUGCGGGCGGUCGCUCGGUGCCGGAUGGUGGCGGUGGCCUUCGUGCUGCUCGUCCAGCUCGUCGACAGCGGCCAGAUGGAGGAGCUGCAGCUGCGCUCCGGUACGGGCGGGGGCGGCUCCGGCACGACACGGUACCGGACCGGGGCGGCCGACACGCCCGGCAAGGGCCGCGGGCAGGCGGGCCCCGCACCGAUGUACGCGGUGAACGAUAUCGAGUGUCCGAGCUUUGCGGAAAAUUCCGCCUGCCCGUGCUACAAAUUUGAAGAUGGCAUCUUUCUCGAGUGUCCCGGCAUCACGCUGGCGGCCCUCCGCUCGACCCUGCAGGUCAUCUCGUCGCCCAUCCAGUCGCUCUCGGUGUACGACUUUGACCGGUCGGUGAAGACGCUGACGGUGGAUCUGUUCCAGGGGGCGGCAUUCUCCACUGCCGGCGGCAGUGGUGGUGGUGUAGGGCUCGGCUUGGACUCGGCGCCCGCCGGUAACGUGAGCAUCCGGCACCUGCAGUUCUCCCACUCGAGCCUGCAGCAGCUCAAGCCGAACAGUUUGCUGCCCCUGCGGUCCCAUCUCGAGAGCCUGAGCAUUAUCAACGGGAAGCUGACGCAGGUGCCCUCGAAAGCGAUCGUCGGUCUGAAGAAGCUGAUGGUGCUCGAUCUGGACGCGAACGAGAUCGGCACGCUGGAGGACUACGCCUUCCAUGGGCUCCACCUGGUGAAGCUCAACCUGAAAAGCAACCAGAUCGAGCGCGUCCCCACGAACGCGCUGGCCGGGCUGGAGGAGUCGCUGGCCGAGCUCGACCUGUCCGAGAACCGGUUGCGCCAGUUCCCGACGCUGGCGCUUCGCCAGCUGGAGCACCUCCGCCUGGUGCGCCUCUCGAUGAACGAGAUCGCCUCGCUCGAGCCGGACGACAGCUACACCCGGUUCGGGGCGCUCUCCUUCCUCGACCUCAGCCUGAACAACUUCGCCGAGCUGUACGGCGACAUCUUCGGCGCCUUUCCCGCCCUGAAGACGCUCUCGCUCUACAACAACUUCAUCGAGCAGGUGCACCGGGACGCGUUCGUGUCGCUGCACGAGCUGCAGUCGCUCGACCUCAGCCACAACCGGAUCGUCUACCUCGACCCGGACGUGUUCGCGGCGAACCGGCGGCUGCACACGGUCGACCUGAGCCGCAACCACGUGCACUACGUGAGCGGCGUGUUCGCCAACCUGCCCGUGCUGCGCGAGGUCUUCCUCAGCGAGAACAACCUGCUCGAGCUGACGGACGACUGCUUCGCCAACUCGACCGGCGUGAAGGUGCUGUACAUGGAGCACAACGCGCUGCAGCGGCUGGACGGGGAGGCGCUCGCCUCGCUCGCUAGCCUCGAGCAGCUGUUCCUCAGCCACAAUCUGCUCGAAAAGAUACCGGUGCGCUUUUUCGAGCCGACGCCCGAGCUGACCUCGCUAGCGCUCGACGGGAACGCGCUGCUCGAGCUGGACGAGCGGCUGUUCCAGCGGCAGGGGAAGCUGCGCGAGCUGCGCCUCAAUGGCAAUCGGUUGCGGCAGAUCCGGGCGGCGCUGUUCGCGCCCGCCGCCGACCUGAUGGAGCUGCAUCUGCAGAACAACGAGCUGCGGGUGGUGGAGCGCGGCGCGCUCAGCGGCUGCCCGCAGCUGCAGUACGUCAACCUGCAGGACAACGCGCUGGAGGAGCUGGACGCGGUGUUUGCCGGUGGGCCCGGGCCGCACACGCCCGCCCACUCGCCGCUGAUGGCGGUGACGACGCACGGGAAGCUGAUCAGCACGAAGGGCGAGCCGGCGGUGCUGGACGGCGAGCUGGCCGGCCAGCCGGCCGAGUCGGCGCUGCUCUCGAUCCAGCUCAGUGGCAACGCGCUGCGCCAUCUGCACGCGCAAGCGUUUCGCGGCCAGACGAGCGUGCAGAUGGUGUGGCUGGAGCACAACCAGCUGCGCUCGCUCGACCGCGCCCUGUUCGCCGAGACGGUCCACCUGGAGAAGCUGUACCUGCGCAACAACUCGCUGAUCGCGCUCGAGCCCGGCACGUUCGAUGCGCUCGGGCGGCUCAAGCUGCUCGAUCUGUCGCGCAACCGGCUGAGCGACCUGCAGCCGGAGCUGUUCCGCCGGCUGGCCGAGCUGGAGGAGCUGCUGCUCGCGCACAACCUGCUCGGGGCGCUGCGGGCCAACGUGUUCGGGGCGCUGCACGGCCUCCGCACGCUCGACCUCAGCUACAACAACCUGCAGACGCUCGGUGCGGACGCACUGCAGCCGGGCCUGCCGGUGGCGAGCGUGAACCUGCGCGGCUGCAACCUGACGCGGCUCGAGCCGGGCGCCUUCCGCGGGCUGCUCAAUCUGGCCGAGCUGACGCUGGAGGAGAACCGGCUGCCGGCGGGCGAGCUGCGCCAUCUCGACGCGAGCCCGGUGCGUACGCUGCGCCUCGCCGCGAACAACUUUACGGCCGUGCGCGAGGGGCUGCUCGAUCGGCUGGUCUCGCUGCAGGUGCUGGAGUUGGCGCGCUGCGCCAUCGGUGACCUGCCCACCGCCCUGCUCCAGCGCAACGUGAACCUCGUCCGGCUGGAUCUGAGCGAGAACGAGCUGCGCGUGCUGCGCCGCGGCUCCUUCGCCGGGCUGCACGUGUUCAAGGAGCUGCGGCUGCACGGCAACCGGCUGGCGGACUUCCCGCACCUCGCCCUGCUGAACGUGUCCACGCUCGAGGUGCUGACGCUGUCCCGCAACCAGCUGACGGCGAUCGAUUUCUACAAGCUGAGCGGGCUGCCGAACCUGCGCACGCUCGACCUGCACGCGAACAGCAUCACGACGCUGGGCGGGUUCACCGCCGACACGCUGCCCCAUCUCGACACGCUCGAUCUCAGCGGCAACCUGCUGCUGGCGCUGCCGGAGAACUUCUUCAAGCACUCGGUCAGCCUGCAGCGCGUCGAUCUGUCGGCGAACCGGUUCGGGCGCAUCCCCAACCUGGCCCUCUCGGAGGCGUCGCUGGCCCGGCUGGCCUGGCUCAACCUUACCGGCAACCCGCUGCAGCGCAUCUCGGCCGACGCCGACCAGCAGCGCUUCCCGCAUCUGCGCGAGCUCGUCAUCAGCCGCACCAACCUGUCGAUCGUGACCAGCAAAGACUUCGAGCUGUACCCGGCGGUGCAGCGGCUGCACCUGGCGCACAACCGCAUCAACCGCAUCUCGCCCGGCGCGUUCGUGGCCCUCGCCAGCCUGCAGCUGCUCGAUCUGAGCGUGAACGAGCUGGAGCUGCUGCCGAAGGAGCGGCUGCAGGGGCUGCGGCUGCUCGAGACGCUCAACCUGUCCACCAACAGCAUCCGCGAGCUGGACGAGUUUGCGCAGGACCUGCAGAAGCUGCGCGUGCUCGACGCGUCCGCCAACCAGCUCGAGCGCAUCCACAAGAACGCGCUGCGCCAUCUGGGGGCGCUGCAGGAGCUGUACCUGAACGGCAACCGGCUGAUCACGGUGGCGUCGGACGCGUUCCGGACGCUGCGCGCCCUGACCCGGCUCGAUCUGCGCAAGAACUACUUCGAGUACGUGCCGCUGCGGGCGCUCAAGCCGCUCGAAACUCAUCUGCAGCAGCUGCGGCUUGAAGAUAAUCCGCUCGUCUGCUCGUGCGAUACGCAGGAGCUGUGGGAGUGGCUGAGCGACCACCGGAAGUGGGCCCGCGGUUACGACAACGUGCGGUGCGAGCAGCCGGCCGAGGUGCAGGGCAAGCUGCUGCUGACGAUGGAACCGCAGGAGUUUUGCGACGUGCCGCUCAUCCUGAAGAUCGCCAUCCAGGACAUCCAGCCGUACUCGGUGCUGGUGUCGUGGCAGAGCCGGGAGCACUCCGGGCUGCACGGGUACCACAUCAUCUACCACUCGCUGGACACGGUCGAGGACAUACGCGGUAAGACGAUGAACCGGUCCUCCAACUCGGCCAAGCUGAAUCGGCUGUCGUCCAACACGCGCUACCUGAUCUGCGUGCUCGGGCUCGGCAGCUGGCUGACGUACCACAGCGACAUCAACAGCCUGCUGAACCAGUCGAACCAGCUGCAGAACCAGAUCCUGAACAGUGGCUCGGCCGUGCACAGCGGGUACGCGGCGGGCGAUCUGGACGCGUCCCUGUCGAACACGCUGCUGUCGCUGAUGAUGGACACGCCGACGUCGCGCUGCACCGAGGUGCGCACGCUUGACGCGAUCGGGCCGAACCCGCUGGCCGAGGCGGACGGCAUGUCCGGGCGCAGCAUCAUCCACUCGAUACUGACGCGCCGGCUCGGGCUGAUCGUGGGCUGCUGUCUCGGCAUCGUCGUGUUCAUCGUGCUCGUCUCCGUGCUCGGCUGGCUGAAGAUCAAGAAGCAGCGGCUGGAGGCGGCCAAGCGCCAGCAGCAGCCGCACCAGCCCGAGUUCAUCUCCUACCGGCACUUUUCCAUCCCGAACGACGAGCACGGCCGGGACGGCGUGGCCGGCGCGAUGGGCGCCGUCGUGGGCGGCGGUGGUGGAGGCGGCGGUGGUGGGGUCGCCCUGCUCGAUGGGCAUCCGUCGUUCAUCUCCGGUGCGGUGCUCGGCACCACCACGACUAUGAACGGGGGCGGACCGGACGAGCACAAGAAGCUGUUCCUGACCGACAGUUGAAACGGGCCGGGCACGGUACGGCUGCCCGUCAACGCUUCCCUCGCAACGCUCGAUCUGGUCAAUUACGGCUGAAGCGGUAGGUUGCAGGGUGGACCCAAGGACGGUGGGAGGGGGCGGGGGGGGGGGAGGGAAGGUGCUCUCCCUCUCUUUUUUCUACACCCCACAAACCAAGCGGCAAAUCACUCACAGCCCGCAAAGCAGAAACGAAGCGCGCGUGGAAGCGAGCAAAGAAAACAAACGAACUAGUAAUAAUCAAACAGCAUAGCUAAUGUUACUUGUGGAUAAGCGUUGCCGAGGGAGUGCAUGGAUGGAAAAGGAGUUGACGUAGGGUAUGCAAAAAAAAAAAUUAGUACUCGUGAGCAGUAUCAAAAAGCUCCCAGGGCAAGUGGAACGAUUUUAACGGGCAGAGCACACAAGUGUGAGACUGGAUUUGGCGCACUCCGGCGCCUUCAAAUUUAAGCGCCCAUCUGCAACCGGCGUAGAUUCAUACCAAAAACGAUUAGGCUAAAUGAAAGAAACACCCUCAAAAGAGAGCGCAAGCGAAGAGGAUGCCGGGUUACAUAAUUUUACAUUUUAUCUUGUUCGUUUUAAAUAUCAAAGUGUUGUCUCGGUAGAUUUAUUUAUUAUGUUUCACUACUCAGCUCAAGCAAAAAAUUUCCAUGGCUAUGACAAAAGAUGGAAUAAUCGGCCUUAUACAGCUUCCUUUAACGCUGCGUGACGGGCGUUUUGCAUACAUUUAGGCGUAACGGCAACGAAAUUAUAGCGAAGCGCGCGAUCCUUUUCAAGCGCCUGCAGCUAUGCAAUCGGGAGUGCGAUAUUGGAUUUUAAUAGACGAGUUUCCCUUAUUUUUUUGCCCAGCCCGUACCAACUCGGCUCAAUUAUUGGCUGAUUGGCCUGUUUACUCUGUUGCAUCACACACACACACACACACACUGCAGUAAACACAGUUGUUUGAUUUCAAUCACCACGUUUGUCGUGCUGCUGAUAGCAAACAGGGGGCAAAAACAAAGGAAAACAUACAUAUAUUACAGGGUUUUCCAGGGGUUAUCAUAGCUGUGGGACACUUCCUUGAUUCUUUCUUAUGGGAAGUGAACUUCAUAUGUUGGAAAUUGGACUCUAUGGCACCCUUUAUGGAAAUUCCUAUCGGAAUUGUCCAACAAGGAUGCUAUAGAGUCCAAUUCCCCUUUACAUUAGGUUCAUUUCGCAGAAGAAAGAGUCAAUAAAGUCUCCCACAGCUAUGAGAACUCCUGGAAAACCCUGUAACAUGAAAGCAGCGUGCUGACCAAACACCCCAUUUCACCCCAUCACGCUGAAGGUCGGAUAAAGCGGCAGAACAAAAAUCAAAUGAGGAGGUAAAUUGGCAAAAACGAAAACCCGUAAAAGCCAAUACAGAGAUGUUUGUAAAUAUUUUGUAGAGACAAGAUUAUUGAGCUUUACCGUGUUGUGCAUGAAACUGCAAAAAAAAAAAAAACACAUACCGUUGGUAGGUUCGAUUGCACGAGGCUGAAAUCGGGUUUUCUUUAUAAAUAAUCACUUAGGAAAAUUAUGACUGGUUCAACCUCGGGGAAAGGAAAGGGAAAACACAGGAGAAAAAAAUGUAGGCAAAAAAAACACACACACACACAUCCACAAAUGAAGGAACGGCUGCAGUGAGGAAUGUGAAGUGUCAGAAACAGCGGGUGAAAGGAGACGAUGUUAUUUGCUUUUCGUUUCGUUUCGGCUCGCUGUUUGCUGUUUAACUUGGCUUUACGACAGUUGUGUCCCGCAGUGCAAGGGACAAAAAACCCCUCCCACGGUGAGUAAAGUUGCGCUCUCCUUUUGCCGGGAUCAUCCUUUUCGUACAUCGAACCGAUUUGAAACCGGGCUGAUUGACAUAAAGGAUUAACGAUAGGAAACGGCAAAUGAUGAAGCAAAUGCAACGUCGCAGAAGCGGCUCUAUUAUCUGGCAGUGCUGCGCUCGGUGGCACUUCAGUGACGCCCGGCUUUUGUGUGGUGGUGGUAGUAACGAAGUGGUUGGAAUGUUUUUCACCUGAAAGCAAUCCUGCCAGGCAGUUUCCAUUAUUUCGCUUUUUUGUCAUUCUUUUGUAUUGGCUUUUUCAGUUUAAUGUUUUUUUUAAUUAUUCUAUCUACAUUGGAGCUUCUUCUGCUUGGCCAAACACACACUCACACUAAGUUAUGCGAGCAAUCGUGCUGUGUGUGAAGAAUAAAUGCGAGAUAAUGCGCUCUCUCCCCCUUCCAUGAGCGGUUUGUGGCAGUGGGAGGAUGUUGUCUUCCCGGUUUGCCAAGCACUGGUCCGGGGGGUUUUUUUAGGGUGUAUAGUGUGGCACGAAGCAACAAAUAUGAACCACUCUGAGGCGAGCUGAUUGAAAUAGAGGCGCAUCGGUUUCGUGUCUACAUCUUUUUUUUUUCUAGCUGCCUCGGACAGUUUGAGGUUCGUUUAUGUUUUUAUGCUGAAUUCCGCGAGCGCUGUACAAGAUGCUUCGGGUGUAGUUAGUCCGUUGUUUUUUUGUUUAUACCAUAGUAAUUUGAUAUUUAUUUAUUUUUCUUUAUCUUUCAUACGGAAAGCAUCACCAAGAGCGUUGUUUUCGUUUUUUUUUUUCUAAUUUUCUCUCAACGCAACCGUUUGGACGCUGCUGGGAACAAUUUUCACGUACCAGCAGGGCUUUUUUCUCCCUCUCCAUUUUCUAUAACCAUCCACAAUUGAUUGCUAUUGAAAGUGUGUAUGUGUGUGUGUGUGUGUUUUUUUUUGGUUUGAUGUGGAAUCAGCUAUGGAAGGAAGGAUCAUUAAUGCUUCUAACAAAACAAUCCACAGUGCUGUCGUGCAAAGCAGAACCGUUUGCUGCAGUGCGCAGUGUGUUUGUGACGCAGCUAUGUAUGCUUUUUAUUGAGUUGUAAACACGUGUUAUUCGUACUUUUGUUUGCCUGUUUUGGUGGCUGAUGCUUUCCCGUGAAAGCUCACUGUCGGUUGAGCUUAGAAUGAAUGAGCGCGUGAGUGUUCAUUUCCAUGCUUUAUUCUUUAUAAGGAUGGUUAUACAAAAAACAAAACAAAACAAAUGAAAACUGUUUGCUUUUUCGCACCAAAGCUUAAGGGUAAGGGUGAAGUGAAAUGGAAAUAAUGAUCUUAAUUGAAACAUUUUUGUUUUAUGGCACUAGCUUCUCUUGUUGCGUAUUUUACGUUCGCGCCUAAAUGUAGGCAGCACUGUGCGUUAUUUUAUUGAAGCUACUGCUAGGCGCACCCUGCGCGAUGUUUAUUUUUUUUUUUCAUUUUGUAGUUAAGAAUAUAUAACAAAGUGUUCAUGUUAAUUUAUACUAUAUAAGGGGGGUUUUUUUUUACUCAAUUUAAAAUACUCAAUUACUGCAUGCAUGAAAUCGUUAUAAUGUUGAUUUAAGAUAGCGUGUGCGCUACAGAAUGUUGCUAAUUGGGAAAAUCAUUAGAUUGUAAGCGAAAGAAAUUUUGGUGCUAGCUAGUUGGUGGAAGGAUUGAUUGCAGUUUUAUUAUUUUUUCUCUUUCUUUUGGAUGUGCUGAAAUAAGUGAGGAAAAAAAACAGGGCAUUAUGAUAGAGUUGUUUCAUUGGAUGUAUAGUUACUUGCAAGAGAAGAGAACCUAAAAUUGAAGAACCGCUGCAAUGUCAUUCAACAAUGCACCGUCAGGCAGCAAGAAAGUGGAGGCGCAACAAAAGGCGAAGGUUUUUUGGUGGAUUUUUUAAUGAAACAUAAAAUCGUCUGUUUGCUUAAUUGCUUCAGUAGAUUGUUUGUUUUUUUUCUUCGUCGGCAGUUGACAGUGUGACAGCCUUACCUUGGUGCAUUGGUUUUCGAGAGCGAUUAAAAGAAGGUGUGAACGUGAAACAGGUAAAUUGAAAAAAAGAACAUAAAAUAAAAAAAAACAAAUACACAACUCCUAAGCGCGAGGAAUCACAACUGUAUAGUCUAAAGCACGUGAUAGCCGCGCAAGAUUGAACGUGUUUAGGGCCCGCUGCAAGUGAAAUGUUACUGCCCCAUUCGCUUAAUGUCAAUGAAACGGAGCGGGCAGCUAAGGAAGGGAAUGAAACAGGAACAUAAUAAAUGACGCGUGACGUGUAAAAUGUAAAAGCUGUAUCUUUGCAAAAAAAAAAAAAAAAAAACAC